GUGGAUUUCAGCUAUGAAGUUUCUCGAUCAUUGUCUGCUUGUCAGGGUGUACUGUUGAUAGUGGAUGCCAAUGAGGGUAUUCAAGCACAGACUGUGGCAAACUUCUUUCUUGCUUUUGAAUCACAGCUAAUGAUAAUCCCAGUAAUAAACAAGAUUGAUCUCAAGCAUGCUGAACCUGACAGAGUUGCAAAACAGAUUGAAAAGGUCUUUGAUAUUCCUAAAGAUGAAUGCAUUCAGAUUUCAGCCAAGCUGGGGACAAAUGUAGAUCAAGUUUUAGAAAAAGUUGUUGAAAAAAUUCCUCCGCCACGUGCAAAACUUUCAGAUCCAUUGCGAGCUUUGGUGUUUGAUUCCACUUAUGACCACUACAGAGGAGUUAUAGCCAGCAUUGCACUGUUUGAUGGAUGGGUGCAAAAGGGGGACAAAAUAAUGUCAUCGUACACAAAGAAGGUGUAUGAAGUAAAUGAAGUUGGAAUCCUGAGGCCUGAUCAAUAUCCAGUUGAAAAAUUGCAUGCUGGACAAGUGGGCUAUUUGAUUGCUGGAAUGAAGGAGGUGAAGGAGGCACAGAUUGGAGACACCUUUCAUUUACAGAAACAACCUGUGGAGCCACUAGCAGGGUUCAAACCUGCUAAACCAAUGGUCUUUGCAGGAAUGUACCCCAUUGACCAAUCUGAAUAUACCAACUUGAGAAAAGCUGUGGAGAAGCUAACACUAAACGAUUCUAGUGUGACAGUUCAUCGGGAUAGCAGCCCAGCCCUUGGAGCUGGCUGGAGGUUGGGUUUUCUCGGACUUCUGCACAUGGAGGUAUUCAAUCAACGCUUGGAACAAGAGUAUAAUGCAUCAGUUAUUCUUACUGCUCCUACUGUUCCAUACAAGGCAGUUCUGUCAUCAAGCAAAUUAAUCAAGAGUCGGAGAGCAGUUCAGAAGAAUAUGGUUUAUAUUGAUGAUCACAGACUUAUGAUGCAAUACCUUUUUCCACUAAAUGAAAUUGUGGUGGAUUUCUAUGACAGCCUAAAAUCUCUCUCUUCAGGAUAUGCCAGUUUUGACUAUGAAGAUGCAGGAUACCAAGUGGCUGAUCUGAUUAAAAUGGACAUUUAUCUAAAUGGAAAGUGCGUGGAGGAACUUGCGACAAUUGUGCACAGGGAAAAGGCUUAUUCUACUGGUAAAGCAAUAGCAGAACGUUUAAAAGACACAAUACCUCAGCAACUUUUUGAAAUAGCCAUCCAGGCAGCAAUAGGCAGCAAGGUUAUAGCAAGAGAAACUAUUAAAGCAGUGAGGAAGAAUGUAUUAGCAAAAUGUUAUGGUGGGGACAUAACCCGUAAAAUGAAACUUCUGAAGAGGCAAGCUGAAGGAAAGAGAAGGAUGAGAAAAAUUGGCAAUGUGGAGAUACCAAAAGAUGCUUUUAUAAAUGUACUAAAGAGACAAAAGGACAAAUAGAGUAAAAUGUAAAUAGAGAACCCAUUCCUUUCUGUUUAAACCUGGAUAUUUAUCUCACUGUUAUUUGAAAUAUGUCAUUGAUGUAGAUAGCUAAACUCAUCCAUCAUUGCACUGAAGAAAUAGAAAUUUAGAAUAUUUUGACAUGGUAAGCUGUAUAUAAAUGCAAGUAUAUCACUAUGUGAUAUUCUUAGAACAAUGCAGUCAGCCUCAAUAAUCACUAAGAACUCUAACUGGAAAUGAAGUCUUCAUGGAUUAUCCCUUUACUUACAGUUAAAACUUUUGUUUGGCUCAUUGCUGAAAACUGCUAUUGUUAAUAGCUCUUGAGUUCUGUGAAUUAUUUUCAUCAUUCUCCACAAGAGUGGAUCAAUACAAUGAAGUUAUGUUGAAUGGCUUAUUAUUAAUUACCUGAUGUUUAUUUUUGCAAAAGUUUUUUUUGUCAAAUGAAUCAAUUUUAAAGUGAGAUAUAUAGUUUCAAUAAACAAUUCUAAACCUACUGCAUUCCUUUUGUUUUUGAAAUCUGCACAUUGUAUCUGUAUGGCAAGUUAUUCUAAAAAAUGAUCAACAAAG